UUUUAUUUGUGGAGCGCGCAACAAGAACGAGAAAAGAAACCGAAACGGAAAGCAGGCAAAAAGAGCUGCUGCCAGUGUAGAAUCGCAAAGUAAAGAAAGCAAGUGCGUGUGUUUUUAAACCGAAACCUAAAAUCGAGCCAGUUAACACUAGCGACUAAACGGAGGAUCAGCAAGAAAAAAUGGGUAAAGCUCAGAGCAAGCGUUCAAUCGAUAUCACCACCGAUCCCAAGAAGGUCGGCGAGGGUGAUGAGGUGGCCGGCAAGGUGGAGAAAAUUGAUGUGGACCAGAAGACGGACGCACCUGCGGUGAAUGGCGACGCUGCCACACCCAAAGAGGGUGGCGAUGAAGCGGCGGCGGGAGAUAAAAAGGAAACGGAGGAGCAUUCUGAGAACGACAAAGAUCUGACCACUGAAAAGAGUGCCGCAGUCGCCGAGGGUGGAGAUGCAGCUGUUGAAACUCCAAAGGGGGAAGAGGGUUCUCCCAAGGAGGGUGCUGCCGCUGCUGGCGAGGAUAUCACCCCACUGGCCGACGAAAGCAUCAAGUCCAAGUCGAAGAAAGACAAGGUUAAGAAGAAGUGGUCCUUCCGCAGCAUCUCCUUUGGCAAAAAGGACAAACAGAAACCGGCCAAAUCCGAGGAUGCUGUUUCCCCCACCUCUGGCACAACGUCGCCCACGACGGCAGAGGCAGAGACUGCUCCUGCUGCGGAUGCAGCUCCCGCUGAGCCAGCGGCCGCCACAAAUGGCGAGGCCGAUAAACCAGUUGAGACUGCCACUGCUGAUACCACCAGCGAGCCGGCGUCUAAGGAUGAGGCACAGCCCACCGAGAAUGGAUCAGCGACCGAGCAGGAGAAACAGGCCAACGGAGAAGCCGAGAAGGCGGCGCCAGCACCAGCCACAGUUGAGGAAGCGGCACCGCCCAAGCCCACCGAGGAACCAGCCACAGUCACUGCCACCGAAGAAGUUCCCGUAAAAGAGAGCCAGCCAGAGCCCGAAGUGGUUACCAAUGGACACGGAUCCGGAGAGGCGCUGACCAACGGAUCAAGUAAUGGACUGGCCGAAUCUCCUGUAGCCGAAACAGCACCAGCCGCUGGCAACAUUCCAAGCAACGUUGAUGACGAGCAGCCGCACCAGAAUGGCACCAAUGGCACUACCACGCCCCCGCCCACUCCCGUGGCCGUCGAGAUCGAGAAGGGACAGCAAAUUGAGGCCAGCAACGAAGUGAUUGAAGAAGCAGUGACCAACAGCCAGGCGGAGGAGGAAGUUGUGGCGGCUAUUAUCAAGGCGGUUAGCAGCGAACUUGAGCCCGAAACGGAGACUGAGGCGGAGGCAGAGGGAUUCGUGGUUGUUGCUCCUGUGGCCACAGAAGUCGAGGUCCCUGUUUCCAUUACCCUUGUUGCAUCCGUUCCUGAAGUUCCAGAAAUUGAAACUGAAUCUGUACCUCAGGCUCACGAAGUUAAAACUGAACAGGAGCCCGAAGUUUGCGAUGUUGUAACUGAGCAGGUACCUGAUGUUCCCCAAGUUGAAUCUGAGUCUGUUAUUGUGGAAGUAAGGAGCACCAGUCCGCCACCUCCAUUGCCCAAAUCUCCGCCUCCAUCUCGUGUCUCCGCUUUUGUCCUGUCCGAUGAGGUUAUCGAGGAGCAGGUCACCCCGAACACCCCUGAACUGAGCGAACCAAAUCGCGAUGAGAUCGAACAGCAGGCCAUCAACAUUGUGACUGAAAUCACCGAGCAGGCGGCAGAGAUUGUCACCGAAAAGGAGAAUCAAGAGGAAGAUGUCAAGGAGGAGUCUGUUCCUGAAGUAGUUCAGGAUGUUGCCUCUACAGUUGUAGUUGAUGAAGUUUCGCCAGUUCAAAGCGAAGAAGUAACGGUUUCAUCCCCAACGGCUGAUCUAGCUCCUACAAGCCCCGAUGUUCAGGAUGAUCUAGCCACAGGCAACGAUGAAGAAUCUGUUUCAGUUCCAGCUGUCAUUGAUCCUGCGGACGUAGUUUCCGCUGUUGUGGAUGAAGUAAAUGUUGCUGUAACGGAAUCUGUGAAUUCUGAAGUAAAGCAAGAAACCGCAAGCAUCAGCUCCAACUCCUCAGAGGAAGAGAAAGUUAAUGAGCAGGCGGUAACUGAAACUCAGGUAGAAGUCAUCCAAGAACUGCCGGAACCUAUUGUAGAAGUCUCCCAGCAAGAAACAUCCGAGGAACAAGUCAUUUCCGAAGAUGCGCAUAGCGAUAACGAUAAGGAGAACGAAAUCGACCUGGUUGGAAACAUCAUCAGCGAUCUAGAUGCCCCGAUCACCAAAGCAAGUGGCGAUCUCCUGGCUGAGUUGGAUGUGAGACCCGCGGAACUGGAUGGCGAGAGCAACAACAAGGUGGAUCUCGCCAAGGAUCUGAAGGAGAAGAAUGCCGCGGCAGACGUUACAACACAGGAACAACUGCCCGUUACAUGCGAAUAAUCCUACUCAUAAUUAUUAUAUAUAAUAUUACAUAUUAUUAAAAACAAAAAAACAACAAACGAUACAAGCAACAACAAAAGAACGCAACGUAAAACAACAAACAAUUACAAGAUAAACGAGAUAAAAACAAAACAAAAACAAAAAACAAGUAAAAAUACAUUUUUAAACAUUUACAUAUUUUAAAUACUUUUUGUACGAACUUCAUAUCCCUAAUCCAAGAUAUAUGCAAGCAAAAGUCCGAUUUACACGUGACACCACUAUCCACGCCACCACUAUAACCACACCCCACUCAAUCAAUCAAUCACCUACGCGCAGGCAUCAAUGAUUUUGCAUUGAAUUGCCUUUGAAUUCCAGAUCGGGGGGAUACCCUAUACCACAUCCAUCACCCAUAAAGCACACAUCCACCACCACAUACCACAUGCGCAUACAUACCAUUCUCAUAUUGAUGAUCUUGAUAGAAAAAAAAAACGAAUCAACAAAUCAUAUACGAUGAAAAGAUGAAAGUGAGGAGAAUUUUUUGAAUAAUUUCUACUAUACAUUUAACUGUAAGUUCGAAGAAAUUUGUAAAGAAUUUUUGGACGAAAUAUUGGAUAAAAUAUAUAUUAUAAAAUAUAAAA